CUUUAUUUUUCUUUUUCUCUUUUCAUCUCAUUUCUUCCAUUUUGCUUCUCCUCUAUCCACCAAUUUGUCCCUAGGCAGGAAAACAGAUACUAACCAAAUGGCAAUGCCUCUAAAUUCAGCAACUCAGAUGAGCUCAAAACAAAUAUUGAACUCUGAAUUCAUCCUUCACCCGUUACCUACUAGGCCAUCAAAGGCUGUUUUCUGUGCAAAAUCCAAGUCCAGACCUAGGCUUGAGGUGCAUGCUUCUCUAAAAGAGAAGGCAGUGGCAGGACUAACAAUAGCUGCAUUGACAGCUUCUAUGGUCAUGCCAGAUGUUGCAGAGGCAGCAGUAUUUCCAUCUCUCAAGAAUUUCUUGCUCAGCAUCGUAGCUGGGGGCGUUGUUCUUGGUGCCAUUGUUGGAGCUAUUGUAGCUGUUGCAAACUUUGACCCUGUUAAGAGAAGCUGA